AUUUUCCACCAAGAGGUCAUGAAUAAGGAGGAACUAAACCUGUUUGCUUUCACUUUCACAGCCUUGGGAAAUAAAAUAUCAGAAGUAGACUAGACUAUGAACCACACAAUGUUUUGGCAUAUAUAAUUUUAAUUUACUUUUAUUAUCUGAACAAACAAACGAAUGAGCAAAUAUGCCCAAACUAACGCUCAUCGGAUUGUACUUUUGGAUUUGUCUGGUGCAAAAGGUGGUUUCCGGAGAUCUUUAUCAUGAAGUGGGAGGUGAGCUCGUGUUGACGCCAGACAAGUCCACAGUGACUGACCCCAUCACAAGCAUCCUAUGGAAGCAUGGGAAGAACAAGGUGGCAGAGUGGGACAAGGAUUUUGGGGGUCUGGACAUCUAUGCUGACUUCAAAAGCCGCACAACCCUGAACCAGACAACUGGAGAGCUGAGAAUCAGUGGAUUGAUGAAAACAGACAGUGGAGUUUAUUCUGUGGAGCUCAACAGCAAACUGCUUGACAAGACAUAUACACUGUUUGUUAUCAAGGCAGUCCCCAAACCCAAAAUCACUUCUUCCUGCAACGCCAACCAAACCUCCUGCACUCUGACCUGUGAAGGUGACACCACUGAUGCUGAACCCGUCACCUACAGAUGGAAAGUGGCAGAGGGGGCGUGGGAAGUCGGAGUAGAACAGUUUAAUGUCUUUAAUAGCGACACUGGCCAAUCAACCAAUGGUUACAAGUACAUCUGCAAGCUGAAUAAUGCUGUUAGUGGGGAAGGGAAAGUCAGUGAGCCAGUUGGAGAGGUGUUUGGUCCAGAGCCUUCCAAUACCAGUACUAUUGUUGUUGGUGUUGUCAUAUUAGUGCUUGCUGCCGUCAUAACAGGAUUUUUGGUGUGGAAGAAAAAGACAAGAUAUCCCCAAAACACCUGGAUUGACUUUUUGAGAAAGUUUUGUGGUGCAAGGUUUGGGGAUGAUCAGGUCACCAACCGUGGAGCUUCAGGGAUUCUAUCUGGGGUUGCCAUGGAUACAGUUUAUAGCACUGUAGGGGAGAAGUCUUUUAGAGAUUACUCCAGGAAUCAGAAUAAUGACAACCAUCCCACUAACACAGUUAGAUCCAAUGAUGGAAACAACCAAACCACAGGUAAACUCAGUGAUGGAGUCCAGCCAGAACAAGAGACGGUUAGGCUACUGUCCAUCAAAACAGGGGAUGAUGACACAGACAAAUUGCAGGGGAAUGGAGGCAGUGAUGGAGUCCAGCCAGACCUAGUUGCCGAGUCUAAAACGGAUGGCAGCACUGCACCAGUGGGCGAGGAUGAGUCUAAAACAGAUGGCAGCGCUGCACCAGUGGGCGAGGAUGAGUCUAAAACGGAUGGCAGCGCUGCACCAGUGGGCGAGGAUGAGUCUAAAACGGAUGGCAGCACUGCACCAGUGGGCGAGGAUGAGUCUAAAAUGGAUGGCUGCGCUGCACCAGUGGGCGAGGAUGAGUCUAAAACGGAUGGCAGCGCUGCACCAGUGGGCGAGGAUGAGUCUAAAACGGAUGGCAGCGCUGCACCAGUGGGCGAGGAUGAGUCUAAAACGGAUGGCAGCGCUGCACCAGGGGCUGACCGAAACACAGCUGAAGGAGAGGCAAAAGGAGGGAAAGAUGAUUCCGUAUUGUAGGACGACAGGGAACUGUGGACCAGAGGAACGCAGAAGAUCAUGAAGACAAGAGAACCCACCGUCUCACCUGAGUUACCAGCACUGGACGACAAGACAUUCUAACGUUCAGAGAACAUUUCCAUGGCAAUAGACUGGCUUGUGUUCGGUGAAACUGAGGUCCAUUUAUAACAGUCACUUGUCCUUUCUAAACAAGUGUGCUAUAUAAAAACAAGGAGUGGGAAAUGUGUAGCAAUAGUUUGACCCCUAGAAGAACUUUUUGAAAUUGAAAGUAUAGAAAUGCACAAGCCCAACAAAGAAAAGCACCUUUAAAGCAUCAUAUUACAGUUUUAAUUAGAAAUGAAGCAGCAACAAAUCAUAAACCAACUCAAAAUUGGAUGCAAUAAGGCUUUCUUGUAUCAGAUAUAACCAGCAAUCAAAUGAAUAGUCAAUACUGUCAGUAGUCCAAAGGUCAAAGUCAAAAAGAGAUUCAGUUCAACCAAAAAUGUCCUUUAAAUCCAGGAUUCCCAAGAUUCAAUUGAGUUCUUUCCCAAAAAAUAUAAAUUAUAUUCCAAUAGUAAGAGCAGGAGAGUCGAUCAACAAUUCACAUUCAAUCAGAUACACUCAUCAUUCCGUGGUGUUGAAUGGAAGUCCUUAAAUCCAGUCAUUUCCCUUUUUAUGGCAAAUAAUCCAGUGGAACAGGUUUAAACUACACCAUUACGGCGCUAUUUUACAUGCAAAGUUUUCAAAAAAGCAUUUCCUCUUUGUUCCUCACACCAUAGCCUUUAGAAAAAAGUUAGCUCUUCCCUUUCCUACACACACACAUGACCACAUCCUUAAAUUGACAGGUAUCAUUUCUGGCCAAUCAACAGAUUAUCCACUUUGUGGCACUUACAUCAUGGUAAGGAAUACAUGCAUGACCAUUAAUUCUGUUUCGUAUCACAUUUAAUGUGGCAACGUUACACGUGUUAGUUUAUUUGAAUCUUGUUUAGUAAGUAAUAUCCAAAGCUGCCCUCUUCUACUCUGCAUAUUUCUGAUCUUCCACCUGUCCUCUCUUCUUUUUAAGAACACAAUUAUUGCUAGCAAGUGUUAUGCACAUGUCAAGAUAUUAGGUAAACAAGCAGAGGAAUUUCCAUGCCCUGAACGUACCGUCGGCCUACUGUAUUUUAACUGGAUUUGCUUGUUUGUAUGCUUAUAUCGACAUGAUCAUUUUCCCUUGUUGUACAUUAAUCCUAGUGUAUGUGGUGUGUGUGUUGUAUGUAAGAAGUUUGGAUAAAUGCCUUUAUAUAUUUAGCAAAAAAACGCUCAGGCCAAAUAUAUUUAAAUAUGAAAAUAACAAGGGGUGCUGCUGAGAA